AAAGAAAAUUCUCCUCUUGGAGAAGCUAUGCAUCUGGGACAGGGACAUCAACUUGUGUCACCUGGAUAUUUUUCACAGAAGCCAGGAUUUGAGUCUAAAAUAAUUGCGCAUUCAUCUUCUGGAACAUCUCCCACAUCUGAAAGCAGGGCAAAAGAAGAUCCUUUUCCUCCUUAUGAACCAAUCCCCUUCAGUGCUUCCAUGAAUGAAUCAACUCCUACUGGUAUUACUGAUUAUAAAGCACGAGAACCUAAUACAACUGUGGAAGAAAUUCCUAAGAAAAAAAUUGGUACAUAUGAAGAAUUAAGGAACAAGAACAGAGAAACAUAUGAAGUAAAUUUGUCACAAAAAGGUGACACCCCACUCAGAUCUAUGCAGGAAAGAACACCAAAAAAACAAGGGAGAGUAAACCAAUAUGGAGAUACUUGGGAUGAGUGAAAAAUUUUGUCAUCUACU